UCCCUCGCGGGCGGCGGUGCGCCUACAGCCGCGCCAAACUUCCAGUAUCGUGUCAACGAAAAUAUGUACACAUCUGUUUAAAUAUUGUGCUGGUUUAUUUAUUAACAGCCGAAAUUUAUGUGUAAAAUGUGCGGGUUUUUGUUACAUUAUGUUCUAACGUAACGCAGUUUUUGUUCGUCAUAACUUGUGCUUGUAAAGUGUUUUGGUGUUUUUUUGUUCCGUGAAAGGAUUAAUCUUAACGUAAUUAUGAAGACGAACGUCGCGUAAAAGAUCGCGGUUAAGAUGGUGCAAUGAUGUGAGCGCGAUGCUACUGCAGCAGGCGUCGUCGCCGGGCCCCAGCGGCGCCCAUAGCCCCAAACCGGCACCUAGCCCUAAACCCCAUCCUCACCCUAGCCCCAGCUUCAACACCAGAUUCACAGGCAGCCCCAAUUUAAGCGAUGGAGCGUCUAGCUCUAAUAGCCCUAGAUUGGGCGCCAGUCCGAAGUUCGGAAGCCCACGGUUGGGAUCUGGAAGUCCGAAACCUUGUCGAGGGUCCGCUGACGAUGAAGCGGCGCUGGAGAAGCUUCAAGCUGAGCUGAAGGAGGGGUGGACAGUACACACGGGAAGAGAUGGCAGACUUUACUAUUGCAAUCACAUAACGCGUACGGCGAGCUGGUUGCCGCCCGCGGAGAGCUGGCCAAGCGGGGCGAGCGCUGCGUGUGGCGCCCGAGCGGAGGCUGAGGAGCCAGCGGAGGGCGAGGACCUACCCUACGGUUGGGAACAGGCCCUCGACAGCAGGGGCAAGCCUUACUACAUCAAUCAUGUGAACAAAACGACGACGUACGUUGCACCUGAAGGAUGCGGGUGCGAGUCUCCGCCCGCGCCGCGAGAUGUCGUGCUGCAGCGGGACCCGGACCUUGGCUUCGGCUUCGUCGCCGGUUCGGAGAAGCCCGUCCUUGUGCGUUUCGUCACCGACAACUCGCCCAGUGUCGGCAAGUUGGAGCCCGGCGAUCAGAUCCUAUGCGUGAACGGCGAGGACGUGCGUCUGGCGGCGCGCGAGCACGUCAUCUCCGCAGUGCGGGCGUGCUCGGAGCGCGUCACGCUGCGUGUCUGUCAGCCGGCGCGCACCGGCAGCGCAGCGCGCCGCUCCGCCCUGCUGUCCGCCGCCAAGCGCGCCCGGCUCAGGGCCAAGCCACCUAGAGUCAGAUUUGCUGAUUCGGUACAACUCAACGGCGCGCCCAUGUAUCCGCCAUCGGCAUUCUCUCUGGGCGAUCUCUGUCUACCUCCGAUGGCGAACGUUCUAAAGGUGUUUCUGGAGAACGGGCAAACAAAGUCGUUCAAGUACGACGCGACGACAACGGUCGCAGACGUGGUGGCCAGCCUCAAGGAUAAGCUGUGCAUCACCGCGACGGAACACUUCAGCCUCGUUGUAGAGCAUGUUAAGAGUCUCCGGAGGAACAAGCUGACGCUGCUUGAUCCUAAGGAAUCCUUGGCGAGGAUCGCAGCGCGGCCGGGCUCGCACAAAAUGCGGUGCCUGUACCGCGUGGUGUUCGUGCCGAGCUCCGCGGGCGAGCUGGCGCGCCGUGACCUGGCUGCGCUCGACUACCUCUACGUGCAGUGCUGCAACGACGUACUGCAGGAGAGGUUCGCGCCCGAGCUGCAGCCCGAAGUGGCGCUGCGCCUCGCCGCGCUGCACGUGCACCAGCAUGCCCUGGCCAACAACCUCUCCCCGGCCAAGCUCACCGUCAAGACUGUCGAACGCGAGUUCGGUCUGGAGCGUUUCGUACCGGCGGGUCUGCUGGAGGGCAUGCGGCGACGCGAGCUGCGGCGGCUGCUGGCGCAUGCGCUCAAACUCAACGCACACAUGACCGGCCCUCAGCGACAGCUCACACAGCUGCAGGCCAAGCUGCAUUAUCUGGACAUAGUGGGGGGAUUGCCAAGCUACGGCGCCAAGUGCUUCAGCUGCGCGCGCCCCGAGCGCGUGCUGCUUGUCUCCCCGCGCUUCGGCCUCAGUCAGAUCCUCGGCAACAAUAACGCAGUGCCGCAGUCGAUAGCUUCGCUGGAGGAGGUAGAGUGUGUGCGCGUGCGCCGCGAGGGCGGAGGCGGGGGCGGGGGCGGUGGCGUGGCCGACGUGGCCGUGUUCCUGCGACGCGACCGCGUGCUCGCAUUGCUCAUGGACGAGCGUGACGCCGCUGAGAUGCCGCUCGUCAUAGCCGGAUAUUACCGUCUUGCUACAGGCAAAGAGCUUAAUGUAGAACUAGAAAGGGAGCCUAUCACUGAAGAUAUUGCACCACCAUACCUGUCACAGCACAAGGUUGUGCCAGCGAAAUGGAGCUACCUGCACCACGACAGCACCGCGGAGGUCGCCAGAAAACAUUUCGCGAUAUUCAGCAUGCCGCCGCCGUACCACGCCACGCCGGAGACCUCCAAGACCAACUUGGACACCAACAUGAACACCAGCAUCGCCAACAGGAACCACAGCAACACCUCCAGCCCGCUAAUAGGCUACGACUCCAAGGCCGGUCUCCUCGGCCACGAUGUACACUUCGAGAAAUGCAGGAGAAACGAGGACUUCAGAUUAUUCGAUCCAAACGACGCCUGCUACCUCGAGGAUGGCAUGGGCUUCGAUCUUCAAAGUGUCCUGUCCCUGGAGCUCCUUGAGAAUGCAGUCAACAACCCACGCUUGGUAGAAGCCAAGAACGAAGAAGUUCUCCGACGAGUUGAAGAAAUGCAGAAGCUCGUUGAAAACUCCGAGCAGUAUUUAACUGAGAAUUCUGACGAUUUCCAUGAGAACGGCUACAACGACGGCGUCCUCAGUGACGAGAUAGGUGGUCGGGAGACUUGUGUGGACCAGCCGGAGAGUGACACAGAAUCCAAUGCAAGCAGAAUGUCGACGGCGGACGACGCCCCCGGAAUACUGAAACACAGCGAUUCCUUAUUACUUUUGACCGAGACGAUAAAUCAAGGAUUAAGCGGCUUGACCGUUGCGGAACCCGAAAAAGAUGUUUCUAAUGAUUUAACAACAAGACAAUCUCAAGGACUUAGCGCUAUAUUAAACAAUUGUGGCCUCACGGAUGCUUUACUAGCGCUAAAUAAUGACGUCAGUCAGUCUGAAAGCGAUAAUGAUUCCCUUUACACGCCAACCAAUAGUCCUAUACGCAAGCAUUUGAACAAGCCGGUUAAUAAAGCGGUAAGAACCAGCUUCGGUCUGCAUAGCCCGGACGCCACUCUAGAUAACAAAGAACCGAACUUAAAAGAGUAUCUGAAACAACUACGAGAGAAAAGUAGUAAAGAAGACUCAGCGGGAGCCGAGUUUCCAUUUUACUACCAGGAGAGUCUGGUGGACAACGACGCAGAGCUUAUAGAUUUAACUUUGAUCCCUCCACCUCAGACCCCCGAUGAACUGGACAGCGCCACGCAAGUGCCCCAGAUUUUACCUGUCGUUCCACCAUCCUUUGCCGAUGAUAAGGAGAGUGCAGACGAGACUGCCCCGAAGAACGAAUUGGAAGAAUUUAUUGCAAACGUCACCGUUCAGCCACCAACGGUGAAAAUCACACCCGCUAUUGAACUGACACCUGAAGAAAUAAUGUCCUACAUCAUCCCGCCGCCGCCCGCCUCCAACUCCUCGACUCUAGAUAGAGAAAGCACUUACGUUAAUCAAACUCAGGGCUCGCAUGACAAAACUGAUCAGGUUCCAACAAACGAUGUGAAACCAAGUAACGGAGACGUGGUAAGAGGAACUUUGAGUGUCAGCGAAAUACGAAACAUGUUUGCGGCGAAAACACUCAGUGAAGCGAGGAACAGCCUUUUGUUGAAGGAUAAAAGUAAAACACAAAACUUAGCUAAAACCGAUUCACCAAAAGGUAAACGAAAAAGUAUUAUAGGAGAGAAGCAGGCCAAUGGCGUCGCACAUAUCAUUGAAUAUCCCACCGUAGAAAGAAAAGGUAUGUUUUCAUGUUGUAGCAAAGAUAAGAGCAAAAACGACGACAGCUCCGAGGAGGCCGACAAAGUAGACGGCCACGUAGAGAACUCCGACACGAUGCCCGAUGUUUGCGAAAUUAGACCUCCGCCUAGAAGAAAAAGUACCGAACUUAAAAAAGCCCCCGAACGACCGCCCAAGACCGCCCCGACCCCCGCCCCGCGGCCCCGCUCCAACUCCUUCACCUGCUCCAACAAUGAACUGAGCGCCGUAGAAAUACCUAACCAUCAGUUCAGCACGUUGAACAACAGGAAGUUAAACUACAAAGUUGUGUGUGAUAUAAAUGAGCAACACAUCCAGCACCCUCCUCAGGUACCCCCUAGAAUAGACAACAAAGUCCUUGCACCUCCGCCGCCCCUUCUAUUACCCCCAAAGAAACCACCCCUGCCCCCGGUGCCGAGUAUUGAAGUUUUAAGAAUGAAAACUUCGCAGAAACUAUCUCCGGUCCGCAACCCGGAGCAGCGCCUCGCUAGCAUCGGUUCUCCUCACUUCCAUCGGAACUUAAGCACCUACCGCAACCUCGAGACUGAGAGCAGACUGACAGAUGACGAGUCGACUAUCAGAUCGUCGCAGAAUUACAGUUCCUUGACGUUGCAGAGUCGCCAUGUUAGGUCCAACUCUGAAACUAAAAGCACUAUACUGAAAAACAAAGAAAUGUCGACCGCUCUAUCACUAUGCUCGCCGCAAAUGAACCGUCGGUUCAGCAACCGGCCGGAUAUACUGAACGGUGCGCCGGGAAGCGAGCAUAAGGUGUUCAGUCCGCCCCUGUCUGAAAGGAAAUCGUUUCGUCUAGACACCGCCAGCCCCACGCCCAAGACACAGAACCAUGUGAGGUUUAAGGAGGACAUAGUGGACGACAUCCCGACACCUCCUUCGCCUCCCAGCGUGAAGUUCCCCGAGUUCCCCGCCGGCAACAACGGGCACGUGUCCCUCGAGAACCUGCUGUGUAAAACGGAGGCGGCAGUGGACGGUCUGCUGCAGCGGCUGCAUCAGGCUGCACAAAAGUGUUCGCACCAGCAUUCACACGGAGGCGGUGAAGACAUCGACGAAGUCAAGUUCCAGCGCGCCCGCAGUGAGCUGACAAUGUGUGCAGUGUCGCUGGUGGGAACGUCGCGCACGCUGGUGGGCGCGCUGGGCGGCGGCGCGGGCGCAGCGCAGGCGCUCGCGGACUGCCUCGCCCCGCUGCGCCGCCUCGCCGACCUGGCACAGGCUCUAGGUAGACAUACGUCAUCACCUUUACAAACAAGGAACCUGGUGCUUCGAGUACAUGACGUCACAGCCGCGUUCAAGGAUCUGGCCGGCGCGGAGAUGGCACAGAUCAUCCAUGAGCACAACGCCAAAAGCCAGGGCCAGGGCCAGGAGACCAGCUCCACUCUCGAGGGUCAACUGGCGCUGAGGGCGGAAUGCCUGGCUAACGUGCUGGCAACACUUCUGCGCAGUCUACGAGUGUUCUCUCCUUAAUGUGGCUCUAUGGCAGACAUACCUUUGCCUAAAACCAACAUAACGAAAAACUUUCUCGGUUGUGUUUGCAUUACUUAUCAUAUCAAAAUCACUUA